AUGAGUGCUCCAUAUUACAGUUACGACCCAUGUGUUACAAGCGGUAUGCCCUGUGGUGCCACUUACCCUUAUUCGACGAAGCCUUGUAUGGCUUCCUUCAACAAUUUGACCCCGUGUUCAGUGUGUCCAGGCGGCGGAUGCUCCCCGUGCCCGGCUCCUGUACGACCAUGUCCAAGCCCUUGUCCAGCCCCUCCUAUUUUACCUUGUUUACCUCCUUGCCCUCCGUGCGAUAAGCCUCCAAUGCCAGUUAGACAACCUGAGAGGUUGUGCGACUCGAUAGCAAUCCCAUGCUGCAGACCCAAUCGAUGUAAGCCGUGUCCGUGCUACUGUUGUACGGAGCCAGGAAUUUGUUCUCCGAAGCGUUGCAGCUAUCCUGGCGUUCCUGUAUGUGGGGGGCGGUGUGGCCCAUGUAUGCCUGUUUGG